GGCGGGAGAAGGGCGCGGACUACAGGCCCCAGGCGGCGCCGCGCGGGCCGGGCCGCGCCGGCCCCGCCCCCCGGCGGCCGUGGGCGGGGCCGGGGCGGGCGCCGUGAGUCAGUGCCCGGUAAACAUUGGCGUGAGCCGCCGGCCCCGCCGUGCUGGCGGCGCCCUGAGGGCGGCGGGGGCCGCGGCCAUGGACGAGCUCAAGCACCAGGUGAUGAUCAACCAGUUCGUGCUGGCGGCCGGCUGCGCCGCCGACCAGGCCAAGCAGCUGCUGCAAGCGGCCCACUGGCAGUUCGAGACUGCUCUCAGUGCUUUUUUCCAAGAAACAAACAUCCCCUACAGCCACCACCAUCAGAUGAUGUGCACUCCCGCCAACACGCCGGCCACGCCGCCCAACUUCCCCGACGCCCUCACCAUGUUCUCCCGCCUCAAGGCUUCCGAGAGCUUCAACAGCAGUAGCCCCGUGGCCUCCAUGGCAACCUCCCCACCGCCCCCGGCCCCGCCGCUGCCCCAGCACGGGGCCUUCAACCCCGCCUGGCCCACGGCUUCUCCCCCUGGCCAGCAGCAGAGCAUGUGGACUCCGGCCGCGCCGGCGCAGCCCGCGGGCUGGCCCGCCGCUGUCUCCCAGCAGGCCACCGCGGAACAGAAGGCCAACGUGACCAUGGAGGCAGAGAGAUGAGGCCGCGGCCAAGAGCGAACGCGGUGGGGAGGGACCCCUGCAUAUAAAUAUUUUUUUUUUUUCCUCCCCCCCCUCCCCAAAGAGGAGAGGAACUCUGCUGCCAGGGCGUCUGGCAGCUGCCGAAACACACGAGAGAAAUAGCUGCCUUGCAUGGGUUUGGUUUGAAGUAGUUUUUACUUGUUCUCGAGCUGAAUGGAGCUCCCCAGAGACAGCGGGAGGCUGCGUGGGACCGGUGCCAGCCUCCAUGUGGGACCCCGCCGCUGCCAGACUCUCCGGGAGGGAGCACCCCCUCCUCUCUUGGGACACCGGAGUUUGCAUGCCAGUGACAUUUACAGAGGAGGUCCCUUCUUCAGGGUCCCCUGGGCCACCCCACUAGGCCAAGUGGGUUGUGCCUGAGUGUUUCCCCCUAUCCCUUGGCCCCGCUCGACUGGGUGGGGGCAGAUACCCCACGAGGCUUGUUUUUUGUAAGGGGUGAAGAGAGCAAGGGCUGUUCCUGCUCCACCACAGCCUCCACCCUGCACACAUCAUCCUUGCUGGUGAGCAGGGCUGGGGGACACCGGCUCUUGGGGAGGCAUCUGACCCCUCGCCCAGCCCCCGAUGGGGAGCAGGGGGUGAGCCACAGUGGCCCGGCUGGGCCAGCACACCCUCCCCUCCACCCCCUGGGAUGGGGUUCUCCCCAGGGCUCUUUUGCAUGACACAGUGUAACCCUAGAGACUGGGAUCGUUUUUAAGCCCUCUGUUCUUUUUCCCGGCGGCUGGAAGUCUCUCCGGAUGCGCCGCAGCCGCUUGCAAUACACGCUCUUCUGCUUUGAA